CUUCCCUUUUUCUAUCCUUGUUUUUUUCCCCCCCAUUUUUACCUUCAAUUUGCCACCCUCUUAAGCAUUAUUACUUAUGGUUAGGUACAUUUUAGAUAACAAACAUAAUGAGUUUAAAAAAUAAUUAUCCUCAUUUAAGCACAUGGUUUUCUCAACACUCAAAAACUUCACAUUUCUACUUUUAAGUAAAUAUAAAAAGUAGACCAAAUCCUCUGUUUUUUCCCCUGUUCUAAAACAUGACCUCAACUUCCACACUAUAUCAAGGGCUACAAUCUUGUCUAGAGCCCAAAAUGGCACCUCCUACACCAAAUUUCUCACAACCUAUCACAUUGCCACAAACGUCUAAAAUAUGUCAACAUGAAGAUGAAACUGAACAAGAAAAUGACAAUGUUGGUGGCUUGAGCUUUAUCCAAGCACUUGCAAAUCCUUGUCAAUACUCGAAAAAAGGCGAUGAGAAGGACGAAAUCUAUGUUCAUCCUUUGGUGAAACUCUCUUCUCUCAACACAAAUAGUUUGAAUAUGUGCACUGAAAGCUUAGGAAGUGAAACAGGCAGUGACAUUAGUGAAAACAUUGAGGAAAAAGAAACUAUUUCUCACAGAGUUCAACGAUCAAAAUGUAGAGAAUUCGCGAAAAAAAUCAAAAGGGUAGCUAGUUAUCCACCUCCACUAACUUCAAUGAGUGGAAAUGAAGGUGUCCAAAUUAGGCCUCAUCGCGAGGGUGGUCGUUUAUUAUUAAAAGCAACAUCAAUCACUUCUUGGAACUCUAGUUUUCGAGUUGAACGUGCUAAUGGUAGGCUCAAGCUUUCUUUGUUAAUACAUGGAGAAGAAGAUGUCAUAAUCCAAAAUGAUGAAGAAAGUUGUAGUAGUAAAUUAGGAGAGUAUUCAAGUAGACCAACAAGGUGCAAAGCAAGUGGUAGUAGGAAUAAAUGGAUUUCAUGUUGGGAGCCAUUUUGGGUGGCUAUUUCCUAAAAGCUAGAAAAAGUUUUCUUUUGGAGGUUUGGUAGUUGGAUCACUUGUCUUUCAUCAUCAAUGUUUGCUACUAUCAUGUUGUUUCUUUUUUUCUUAUUUGAUUAUGUAAACGUUAGUUAUUAUGGUUAUUGGA